AUGACCGUCGUCGGCCGCUUCGACGCCAAGAAGCUGCGGGACCGCGUCGCCAACAAGACAAGGAAGAAGGUCGACCUCGUCGGCAACAACAACAACACCAACAAGGGCGGCGGCGGCGACCAGAAGGAGAAGGGCAACGACGGCGACGGCAAGCCGGAGAAGAAGGACGACGAGGGGAAGGAGCUCGACAAGGAGGGCAAGGACCAGGACGACAAGUGCGGCGGCAAUGCGGGCAAGGGGAAGGGCGGCGGCAAGGACAACAAGAAGCCAGCCGUGCCGGUGAUCGUGACGGUGGUGCUCAAGAUCGGAUCCGUCGGCCUGCACUGCGACGGCUGCAUGCACAAGAUCCGCAGCAAGCUGUUCAAGAUCAAAGGGGUGGAGCAGGUGCGCAUGGAUUUUCCUAAGAACCUGGUGACGGUGAUCGGCACGAUGGACGCCAAGUGCCUGCCGGAGAAGCUCCGCAAGAAGCUGAAGCGGCCCGUGGAGGUGGUGCCGGCCGGCAAAGACAAGGACAAGGAUGGGAAGCAGCAGCAGCAGGGGGAGGGCGGCAACAAGGACGGCGGCAAGCAGCAGGGCGACUGCAAGGACGGGAAGCAAUCCAAGGAGGCGGCGGAGAAGGCCAUGGCGGCGGAGCUGGCGCUGUGGAAGACGGCCUACUACGACAGCCAGGCGCUGCAGGCCACCCAGUUCCUCCUCAGCGACGAGAACCCCAACGCCUGCGCCGUCAUGUGA